AUGUAUUUACAAAUAUCAACCAAGGAGUUACCUACAGGAAUUUUAGUACUAACUAUUAUAAAUUUUAAGAAACAAAUUAAUGAAUUGAUUCUUAAUAGAUAUCAAGAUCUAGCUAAUAGAAGAGAAAAAGAAGCGAAAUUAAGUAAAGAAGAAAUGGAAAGACAAGAUGCUUUAUUAGCUGCAAAAUUAUCAAGAGAAGAAAAUACAAGAUUAUCCAAAAGAUCAAGUCGAAAUGGAACAUCAAGUACAACAACGUCAGGAGCAACCAAGACUUCCACGACAAAAAGAAAAAGAAAACCAUUAACUGAAGCUCAAAUUGCAAAUAAUCCAUUCAAUCGAGAAAUGUAUUUAUCACCGGAUUUAACUUCAGUUAUUGGAGUUGAAAAAACUUCAAGACCUAAAGUUGUGAAAUUAUUAUGGUCUUAUAUUAAAGAUAAUAAUUUACAAAAUCCAAAUGAUAAAAGACAAAUUGAAUGUGAUGAGAAAUUAUAUCGAGUAUUCAAAAAAAAAUCUGUUGGUGCUUUUGAAAUGAAUAAAUUAUUAAGUAAUCAUAUUUUUAAACCUGAAGAUUGGGAUGAUUCAACUACUUCAACUCCAAUUAGUUCUCAAGUCGAUAAUGAAAUAAAUCUGAGUCAACCAAUUAUCCAUAGUGAUGAUUUCGUUGAAGACGAACCAAGUUCAGAAGAAGAAUAA